AAAUCUAUCCUUGUCUGUGGCCUUACACCCGUAUCUAUUUAUCUCCUUCUACCUAGGACAGGUGAAUUUGGUGGAUUUGGGCCCUUGGCCGGACAUUUUGUGGACUUUAACAUCGAAAAUAAAUCGCUGAAAAUGUUGUCUCGAGCCGCAAUUCUCUCCGGGCAAAACUCCCGUGCUUUGGUGGCCUACGCCUCCCGAGCCAGCAGCGCGACCGCUUCGGGUCAGGACUCGAGCAAAGGCCCCCUUUGGCAGCGACCUGUCCGUCAAGAGCCAGGCAAAGUGCGAAUGGGGUUCAUUCCGGACGAGUGGUUCACGUUUUUCUACAAGAAGACAGGGGUCACGGGGCCCUACACUUUCGGCUUCACUCUGUCCACCUAUCUCAUCAGUAAGGAGAUUUACGUGAUGGAGCACGAAUUUUACAACGGCUUGUCUCUGGCCAUUAUGUGGAUCGCGGGGAUCAAGCUGUUGGGGCCCAAACUGGCCAAGGCCUUGGACAAGGAAAUUGACAAUUAUGAAGCGGAGUGGAAUGAGAGCCGGGUCCAGGACAAGGAAACGCUCCAGAAUGCCAUUGAAGACGAGAAGAAGAACCAGUGGAGAAUGGAGGGCCAGACGAUGCUGGUUCAAGCGAAACGCGAGAAUGUGGCCCUUCAGUUGGAGGCCGCCUAUCGUGAGCGCCUUUUGGAGGCUUACACCCAGGUUAAGAAGCGAUUGGAUUACCAAGUCGAGAAGCAAAAUAUCGAGCGGAGGAUUGCGCAGAAAAAUCUUGUCGAUUGGGUUGUGAGGAAAGUCAAGGCUUCCAUCACGCCAGAUCAAGAGAAGCAAAAUAUUGAUAAUUGCAUCGCCACUUUGGGGAAUUUGAUCCCGAAAGUUUAAUUGUAAUGUUGUUUGUACAGUCAACAGAUUAGAGCAUUACAUUUUGUCUUUUAUUUCCUUUUAUUUAAUAAAUUUUCUUUACUCAU